UCAAACGACUCAUUAGUUGAAAAAUAGCCAUAGCAGCAAAAAUGACGUCCGAAAUCAAACAGAAGAAACUUAUGUUUCUAUUCAAAAUCUUCUUUGACCGCGAUGGCAAUGGUUCGAUUACGAAGGAAGACUUUGAGCAAUCGAUAGAAAAACUUGCGAAGGCAAAAGGAUGGGAGCCGGGAGAUGAGAAAUACAAGAUAGCUGAAAAGACUUUGCUCGAAAUAUGGGAAGGCAUGCUUUAUAAGGCCGACGCGAAUAAGGAUGGCGAGAUAUCUGCUGAUGAAUGGGUAAAACUGUGGGAGGAGUCUAGCAAGGAUUCCCCUUUCGAUUGGCAGGCUUACUACUGCAAAUCCAUCUUCCGUCUCCAAGACUCGGGCAACGAUGGAGCGAUCGACAAAGAGGAAUUCGUCUCCGUCCAUAAAUCUUUUGGUCUCCCCGAAGAUCAGACUAGCGAAGCCUUCGACAAACUGGCUUGCGGUAAGGACAAGAUAACCUGGGAAGAUUUCCAACAGCGCUGGGAGGAGUUCUUCACCUCUGAGGACUUGGAUGCUCCAGGGAAUUACAUUUUCGGUCACUUAACUUUUGUUUGAGUAUUAAAAUCUGUGCUGUUCGGUAUGAGUUAUGAAUGUUUAUUUAUGUUUGCAUUUGGCUAUAUAAUAAUUUUCUAAAUAAAAAUACUUUUUAAUA